AUGAUCCGUUUAUUUAAUCGACUCUACUUCCUCUGCGUCGUCGCGGCAUUUACAGUUCUCUACUCGGCCUGGUUCUUGACUUCCCGGAAACUUGGUGACGUCGUGCUACUAGAUAUUGAAACCCCUCCGACCUUUGAUCGCCGACUAGUGGUGUUUGGAGAUUCAUGGAGCGACAAUGAAAAGGAAGAAAUGCAGGGAAAAUCAUGGACUGAUUGGCUUUGUUUGAUGUCUUCUUCCUAUCAGGAAAACCUUGCACAGACACCCAACUCGAUCAUCAGAGGCAAGUCGGUGGGCUCUGUAGUGGACAAGGGGGAAUUGGGCCUUCUGAAUCGACUGUUUCAGACCACCGUACCCGAUUUCAAGACCCAAGUGACGAAGUGGUUGGAUACUGAGCUGCAUACUCAGGAGGGCCUGACAGCAGAGGAAAAAAACCUCGUGUCAGAGGACUACGAUAAAGCGACCGAAUCAGUCAAGCGGCGCAUUCAGAAGCUCGUUAAACAAUUGGACACGAUCUCCGAUCGCCUAGGCUCCGCCGAUCUCAAGAUCAUUCUGACAAUGGGUAUUGACGUGACUUUCCUCCCGGGAUUCAAGGAUGACUCUAUGAACGUUGAGUAUAAGAAUGCCGUGAGGCUUGUAGCAUUUUGGAACGAAAAACUACGAGAAGCAGCGAGCAAGUGGAAAAAGGGAUACAUCUACCUUUUCGACACCAAUGAGUUUGUGCUGGAUCGCAUUCGGGACUGGCAGUUCUACGCAGCCGGCAUCGAGACAAAAACUGGGCUGGGCACCAACCGGGAUCCCGGCUGGGACAAUGUCAGUGACGCCUGUGUCAAAAGCGAAAACUCCCUUCAAGUCAUGAUGUCAAAGGACAAGCAAUCGACGCCGUGUUCGUAUCCAGAGAAGUAUCUUUUUUGGAACGAAAUGCAGUUGGGACCAUCGGCCCACCAUCUUAUGGCUAGUGCGAUCUACCAUGGAAUUGAUGGGGUCUUGAUCAACCGCAAGGCACCGGCGGUGGUAUCUAUCGAGAAUUUGGAUGAGAUGGAAGGCGAUGGAUCCGCAUAG